AUGGCGACCCAGGCGCAUCUGAGCGAACCCGAACCCGACGACGAAGAGCGCGAGCUGGCGCGGCAGAUUCUGGUGCUGGAGCGCAAAGCCAAGCUGCGCCAGCGGCUCCGGCAGCUGCAGGAGGCCGAUGCGGCCGAGGAAGCCAAGGAGGACCGCGACAGCCUUGUUGCGCGUGCGCGUGCGAGCACGAGCAACGGAGUCGAGCCCGAGGACCAUCACGUCAUAGGCAGCCGGCCUCUGCAACAACAGCGACAGCACCAACUAUUGAAGGAGGAGGAGGAAGAAAAAGAUCCGAACGCGCCAGAUGCAUUGCAGACGGAAACGGCCCUGCCGCUUCGGCCGGCGCCCCCCACCGACGCCCCGCCGACCCAACAGGGCCGCCCAGACUUCUGGUCCUUGUCCGUGUUUGGCUUGCUGGCCUGCGUCGACACGGCCAUGGGCUCCUCCCACGCGGGGCAGCCGCCGCCCACACAUGCCGUCGGCGUGGCCAUUGAUGCGCAGUUUGACCCGACCUUGUACGCCGUGCGCGCAGCUGGCGGCGGCGGCGACACCGAGUGGACGCUGCCGGUCGGCGAUAUGCUGGGCGUGACGUGCUCGUACAGCCUGACGGCGGUGCGGCGCGACGCUGGGCCGCUGCUGUUCCAGCCAGCGGGCGGCCAGGGUGCCGUCCGCGUGCUGGAACUGGUGGUCAGCAUCGAGGCCGUGUUUGCGGGCCACGCGUCGCGGACGCUGGCCCUGCGCCGGGCGCCGCCGGCGCCCCAGCUGGACAGCGCCGGCAGAGCGACACAGACAGCCAGCAACACAGCCAGCAGCAGCAACGACCUGGCGCGGCGUGUCGUCCUGGCGCCCAAGCCACACGCGACGUCGCAGAGCCAGAAGAGCCUGUGGUGGACCAGCGUGCACGACGAGGACAGCGACGGCCGGAUCCGGGGCAACCGGAGCCGCAGCGGGCGUCUGCCGUCGUGGACAAAGUCGUCGCCGCGCGAACACCGCUUCGAGCUAGAGCUGGUCAUGAGGGAUGCGCCGCCCAACCCAACAAAGACAAAGGCAAAAACAAAGACAAAGACGGAAACAAAGACAAAGACGGAAACAAAGAUGGCGUCCGCACCACCACCCACCGACGCUCGUGCCGACGCCAACCCCGUCGAGCGCAGCCACAUUCACGUGCGCAUCGAGCUGCUGGCCAACGUGGGCAACGGCGAGUGGCUCAAGGUGGCACACCGCAAGUCGGAACGGCUGACGAUCCGCAGCGGCGGGUCCCCGAAUCCGGACACAUGGACGCCGACGCCGGAGGGGAGGGCAUAG